GGGGGGAGAGCGGCCUGUGCUGCUGCAGUUGGAGGGUGUCAGAUUUCUGAAUUGUAGAUGCUGUGAGGGAAGGCGAGAGACAGGGAGCAGGAAUCCACUCAGUCACUCACUGAAGCUCACGGGGGUCACACACAAACACAAAGGCAACUGCAUGUGAGGAGACAAAGGCUUGGGGGACCCACACUGGCGACUACAGACAGACUGAUGCCACCGGCACAGACAGAAGCCCAACUGCAAAUGAGCAAAAUGGUGUGUUUAGACUGACAGCAGGGAGGAGAGACUGCGGCACAGUAUAGUUACCACUCAUGGUGCACUCAUAGGGCCACACUGUAAGGGCCACUCUUGGAGCAGCACCCCCCGAGGAACAUAUUCACAUGGUUCCCUCAUAGGAGCACCCGUCUGUGCCAGGCCAUGAUACUGCGUCCAGCUGUGGGCACCCUCUGAAACCUUCUUCUGCGAGGGACACGUGCAAAUAUUGCCCCCCGCACAAUGAUCGACACUGGCAGUUUAACUCCCCGCAGCACUCCCAGUAACUCCCCUGCUGUGCGGAGGCGUCUGGUGAGCAGCGAAGUUGACAGUAUGGUAGAAAGAGGAUCAGAAGGCUCCGCAGAGCAGACCCCCAACACUUUAACUCCAACUUUACUUCAGUCUGCAACUGUGCCAGGGAACCAGGGCAAUGCCCAGCAACCCACCCAAACCAACUCCCAGCCUGGAACCCCACUCACAUCUCAACUCAGUGGGCGAGGAUUCAUACGGAACAACAAGAAGAUGCAGAGCUGGUACAGUAUGUUGAGCCCCACUUACAAGCAGCGAAACGAAGAUUUUCGUAAGAUUUUUAAGAAACUUCCAGAUUCUGAGCGUCUCAUUGUUGACUACUCCUGUGCUCUGCAGAAGGAUAUCUUACUUCAGGGAAGACUUUAUUUAUCAGAGAACUGGAUCUGUUUUUAUAGCAACAUUUUUCGCUGGGAAACCACGAUCAUGAUUCAGCUGAAGGACAUUCAAUGUAUCAAGAAGGAGAAGACGGCCAAGCUGAUCCCCAACGCUAUUCAAGUUUGCACUGAAACUGAGAAGCACUUUUUCACCUCCUUUGGUGCCCGAGAUCGCUCAUUUCUGCUGAUUUUCCGCCUCUGGCAAAAUGCUCUUCUGGAUAAGACCCUGUCCCCGCGGGAGCUGUGGCACAUUGUACACCAGUGUUACGGGACUGAGCUGGGACUGACCAGUGAGGAUGAAGAUUAUGUGUCAUCACGUGACCUGCUGAACGGUUUAGGGGGGAGUGAAGAUUUCCCUGAGAGUACAGACCUGAGUGACACUUCCUCGCGUGGUGAAAUCAAACUCAGCGCCAGCCCCCAGCUGCCCCCAGCCGACUCCUUCACCUCUCUCACCGACGGCAUGAUAACCCCAGCGGAAGAUGCGGCCAGCCAAUCAGAUGCCCAGUCGGACUCUCAGUUGGAAGGCUCCUCCAGUCAGACGGUGACUCCUCUCUCGGAGAUGGCUAGCUCGGGGCUCCUGGACUCCCUUCCUGCUCUGGAUUUAUUGGCCAGCGAAGAAUUGCCCACUGAUCCCAGUAACAGUUCCACCCCCAGCUCUACUCAGGACGAGGAAGCCAGUACUGUGCCUAAAGACACCCCCUCGUCGGACCUCACAGGCAGGCUACAUAUCAAUGCCGUGUAUCACAUCAGUGCUGAGCACCUGCAGCACUCACUGACCACUGACACACAAUUUAUGCAGGAUUUCAUGGAGCAGCGGAAAUUCACAGACAUCACAGUGAAUCCCUGGAUGAGGGACAGCAGUGGGAAACAGUCUCGUAUAAUUCAUUACACAAUCCCCAUCAAUAACCCUCUGGGGCCCAAAUCUGCCCCCGCUGUGGAAACUCAGACUCUGCACAGUGUGAAGGGAUCGGUGUGUACCCUCAAUACCCAGGUUAUAACUCAGGGGAUCCCGUACCAGGAUUAUUUCUACACGUGUCACAGGUAUUGCAUCAGCAGCGUGGGCAAGAACAAGGCCCGACUCAGGGUUUCCUCUGAGAUUUGCUACAGGAAACAACCGUGGAGCCUGGUGAGAGCCAUCAUAGAGAAGAACUCCUGGAAUGGCAUGGAGGAGCACUUCAGUCUGCUGGCCGAGGCUGUGGUGAAGCUGGAGCAGUCGUGCAUGGAGGAGAUGGGGGGCAGGGAGAAGCCUGUCCUGCGACGGAGGAAGCGCACUCUGAGCUGGAAGGCGCAUCACAACGACACCAUUAACACCGCUGCCCCCCAACUGGAAAGUGAAAGGGUGUCGCGUAACUCCAGGGUUUCAGGCAGCAUCUCCUCUCAUCUCUCCCAACUCUCCAACAGGGACACGUCCAGCAACAUCCCCAACGCUCUGUUUGUUAUCAGUAUUGUGCUGCUGGUCCUGGUGAUUCUGAACUUGAUGCUCUUCUAUCGCCUCUGGUCUCUGGAGCACACGGCUCGGACAUUCCAGACGUGGCAAAACUACGCCGUGUCCCAAGGGAGGUUCCCCCAGAGUUCCGCAGAGUGGGCCGAGAUCCUCGAGCUACAGAAACGGUUCCACGACUCAGAGGUGCAGAAAUGGAAGCAGACGCUCCGAGCCUCCGUGCAGCUGCUGGAUCAGAUGAGGAUGUCUCUGCAGAGACUACAGCAGGGGGUCCUGAUGGCCGAUUCUGCUUCAGAACCUCACGAGGAAGACGCCCUGUCAUGAAAGGCAACUGCGAGAAUCUUAUCCUUUGAGACACUGAGUAAAGGAGUGGAUUCAGUCCUCGGAGGAGACAGAGAUUAGGUUGAUAAAUCCAAUGCCCUCUCAGAAGAGAGUAUCUCGUAUGGAUCAAACUGAGGACUAACAAACUGCAGCGAUUAGAGUGCUGGGAACUGACACCCUGCAGCGAUUAAAGUGCUGGCAACUGUCAGCUGCAGGGUGGAGUCACCUAUUUACUCACCCUGUUGGUAUUAGAGUGCCAGUUACUGGAUAUUAGACUGCUCCAGGCUUACGUGCAGCUUAUCUGAGCCAUCUUGUGUUGAGAGUGUAGAAGGUUAGACUCAAGUUUGCCUCCCUCCUGCUAUUGUGCAGCCUCCAGCAUGUUGAGUCUUGUCGCUCACAAUACCUGGGGCCCCGGAGCCUCACAGAUGGUGACCCCCCUCGUGCUUGGGGGGGGGUGCAGUUAUAUUUAUUUAUAUAUCAUUGGAUAUCAGUGUUUAUGGGGCGUGGCCUCACUUUCAAUUGUGUCUAGCCAAUGGGAUUAGCCCUGUUAUGGUGUGUGGUCACAGUUCAUACACUGGUGUUAUUAGGGGGGAUCUAUUGACUUUAUAUAGCGAGUGCGACUAUAGGCUCUUUUGCACUGUACAUUUAUGGGAUCCGUUAUCCGGAAACCCAUUAUCCAGAAAAUUCCGAAUUACGGAAAGGCCGUCUCCCAUAGACUCCAUUAUAAUCAAUUAAUCAAAAUUUUGAAAAAUGAUUUCCUUUUUCUGUGUAAUAAUAACAGUCGCUUGUACUUGAUCCCAACUAAGAUAUAAUUAAUCCUUAUUGGAGGCAAAACCAGCCUAUUGGGUUUAUUUAAUGUUAAUAUGAUUUUCUAGUAGAUUAUAUAGUAGUAUAUUUAUAGUAGACUAAUGGUAUGAAGAUCUAAAUUAUGGAAACAUCUGUUUUCUGGAAAAUCCUAGAUCCCGCGCAUUCUGGAUAACAGGUCCCGUACCUGUACUGUUAUGUUUAUUUUUUCCCCGCUCUCUCCUAUAUUUAUCGUGCACACAGGGUCCGAAAAUGAGGAUCCUCUAUGUAUCCUUUACUAUAGGCUGCCCAGCGCACAGUUCCUGUACCAGUUAGUACAUAAGGGUGUGAGUAUUUGCAGCCUUUACUGGAGGGCGGGG